AUGUCCCGAUCUAGGCAUCCACAUUACGAUGCUGCCUCCUCCGCCAAAAACGGGGAAACGUUUAAGGAGCCAGAGCCUGCGGUGAUAGUUGCCUUUGAACAAGAUCCUAAUUGGUUGCAAGGUGUGGGUGGGGACCGUCAGAUCUGA